AGAUGGGUUUAGGCUGGAGCAGCGCGGAGGAGCGGCAGCCCCUCCUGCCGCCGCCGCCGCAGCAGCAGCAGCAGCAACGGCGGCGGCGGCCGCAGCCGCGGGGGCCGGCGGGGGGCCCGGCGGUGCCGGCGGCGGUGCCGGUGCCGGGGCUGGCGCCGUUGGCGGGCCGCGUCUACGGACGGCGGUGGCUGGUGCUGCUGCUCUUCUCGCUGCUGGGCUUCGCGCAGGGCCUGGUGUGGAACAGCUGGGGCCCCAUCCAGAACUCGGCCCGCCUGGCCUUCGGCUUCAGCGGCUGGGACAUCGCCCUGCUCGUCUUCUGGGGGCCCAUCGGCUUCGCGCCCUGCUUCUUCUUCAUGUGGCUCAUGGACAAGAAGGGUCUGCGUGUAACUGUGUUACUAACAUCAUCACUCAUGGUACUGGGAGCUGGCCUGAGAUGUGUUCCAGUUUCAGACCUAGAAAUUAGGAAGAAGUUGAUUCACGGAGGGCAGCUGUUAAAUGGCUUGGCGGGGCCAACUGUGAUGAACGCGGCACCAUUUCUUUCUACAACGUGGUUUUCUCCAGAUGAACGUGCCACAGCAACAGCCAUCGCAUCGCUGCUCAACUACCUGGGCGCUGCUGGCGCAUUUCUAGUGGGACCUCUUGUAGUGCCAUCUCCUAAUGGAACAUCUCACCUCCCGCUGCUAUUGCAGAGCAACACUGAGCACAUCAAGGACCGCAUUGAGGCUGUGCUGUAUGCAGAAUUUGGGAUGGUUUCCCUGAUAUUUUCUGCAGCGUUGGCCUACUUCCCCUCACGCCCUCCAUUCCCUCCCAGUGUGGCUGCGGCGAGUCAACGGCUCAGCUACAGGAGAAGUUUUUGCAGACUCUUAAGCAAUUUCCGAUUCUUGAUGAUUGCUUUAGCCUAUGCUAUACCACUGGGUGUUUUCUCUGGCUGGUCUGGUGUUCUGGAUUUGAUAUUAACACCAGUUCACGUAAGCCAAGUAGAUGCAGGCUGGAUUGGAUUUUGGUCUAUAGUUGGAGGUUGUGUUGUUGGCAUAGCAAUGGCAAGAUUUGCAGAUUUUAUCAGGGGCAUGCUGAAGUUUAUACUGCUGCUGCUUUUAUCUGGAGCAACAUUAGCAUCAACCUGGUUCACUCUCACUUGUCUGACUAGUGUCACUCAUCUGCCUUUAACCACAGCUACACUGUACACAUCCUGCAUUUUGUUGGGUAUAUUCCUCAACAGCAGUGUACCAAUAUUCUUUGAGCUCUUUGUGGAGACAGUCUACCCUGUUCCAGAAGGAAUUACCUGUGGAGUUGUCACCUUUUUGAGUAAUGUUUUUAUGGGAGUGCUUUUGUUUUUCCUCACAUUUUACCACACAGAGUUUUCCUGGUUCAACUGGUGCCUGCCAGGGUCGUGUCUGCUCAGCCUGCUCCUCAUCCUGUGCUUCCGUGAGUCCUACGACAGACUCUAUCUCGAUGUCGUCGUCUCCGUGUGAUAACACCGGACUGGUGAGGGGUUGGAAGAGACUGGAAGUCAGCUUUGCAGUCUGCACGUCUGCCUGGGUUUGCACAGCUGAACAGUGGGAAAACGAAGAAAUUACAAGACUUAAUCAUGGCUUUAUUAGAGAGGGUGAGGGACAGGCUGUUCUUACAUUCAAGACCAGCUUGAUUUGUGAUAAAUGUGGAACUUGAGUGGUGAUAAUGAUGCCGAAAUGCACGAAGAAUAUAUCUGAUAUGCAGGUCCCAGUGCCAGAGCUGGGGCUCUCUAUUUAAAAGGCUGUUGAUGUAGCAGUGAGAUGUACAGUUGUGUGUGUGUGUGUGUGUGUGUGUGUGUGUGCCGACUGAUGGUUAUACACACAGGGGUACCAGUAAUCUUCAGAGUCUUCUAUCAGAAUAGAAAUAGUGAAUAACCUUAACAAAAUUCAAAAAAAAAGAUAAAAGAAAAAAAAAUCUUCUUUUUAAAGAUCUCUCUUUUAAAUUGCUAGUCAUUUAUAUAGUGAUUGUCCGUUAAACAGUUAAACGAAAACGAUUUGGUGCUUGUACACUACACGUACAUUCUAAUAAAGUGAUUUCUGAUAGAAGACACUGGUACCAGGGUUGUAGCCAUACUAAAUAUCCUAAACAAUCCUUGCAGUGUUGUUAGAGGUGUUUGCUAUCACCCUGGAGCACAUAGAAAUGAUAGCUUUAGCUGCCACUGAAACCCAACUUGCACCCACAGUCACCUCUGAAACACCACCGUGGUUCUGUAUCUCCUGGAUACGGAGCAUCUGUGGUAUCUCAGAAGUUGACUGGAAAGUCAUUCUUGGUAAAUGUUGCUGUUUUAAAGGCCACCACUGUGUCACCUUUUCAUCCCCCCGUCUCCGGUACUGCCUUUUUUACUGUGAAGACCUGUUCGUGCCACCGAAUACUGUGGGUGUGGAUGUCAGAAUCCCACUAGUUCUCUUCUGGUACUCUAAGGUGUGCAUGGUUUUUAGGACUAAGGUUGCCUAAACAAUAUUGUUUGUUAACCCAAGUCUUUAAAAUCACUGUUUCCUAAAAAAGUAUUUCUGGUAGGUGAGGUGCCCUGAUGGCGAAAUGACAAUGAGUCUGACAAUGAAAAAUAACUCAUGAGUUUUGGCAUAGUGUGGGAAAUACAAUGUCAGCUCUUUUUAUCAGUACUAAUCUCUGGUCAUUCUGGCCAUUACUUGAACAUAAAUAUUAAAGACACUUUGAAUAGUUUUUUAACUCAAUUUUAAACCUGCUAAUAAUUUCUUAAUUAUAUUAUUAGAUAUCCGUUCAGCAUCAUUUACACUAUUUCCAUGUGUAUGUUCUGUGCUUUGUGUUAGGGGUUGGGGUGGGGUGUGUGUGGGUGGGUGUGUGUGCAUAUUUAUAUCUAUGUAUACACAAAUAAAACUUAUAUAUAUAUAUCUUUUAUAUAUAAGUUAUGUAAGGGUGUGUGUUUACAUAGGUUUAUUUUAAGUAAUCAUGUCUCUGGAUGGUGGUAUACCACUGUUUGCAACUAAACCAGUCACUGCUGUGAAUGGAAACGUGUACAUACACUGUCUGCGACAUGAAUUGUUUUCAGGGGGUCAGUGAUUUCCCACCGUAGCGGUUUCAUCGCCGGGGGCGCGUGCACGUGUCGGAGGAGGCUGGUGUGCAGGGUUCUGCAUCCGUAGAAGUCGGAAUCAAACGCGCUCUGCUCCUGCGUGGGGCUGACCCCUGCCCCCCUGGGGUGACACCGGCACCGUAAGCUCACUCAAAUAGUCCCUGACCCGAGCGCGACCCUCCAGACACGGAUCCAUUCCUUCUGUCUGCGGUCCUUUUGCAGAGAGAAUAUGCCGCUAGUACCUUUAACUCAGGAGUGUAUCUGUGCAGUAAAAUAAAACUAGCUGUUCCCUGCUUUUAUGUUUUCAGAGCAAUGGAUGUAUUUACGGUAGUAACAGAAAAUUGACUUAGCUCAUUACCUAUAUCAGCUACUAAAUGAUCUUUUCUGUCUUGAAGCAGGUUCUUUUUAGAAAAGGAGCUAACCUACAUUGGGAUAACUAAAUCGAUCUUAACCAGCGCGUUUGGAUUUGCUGGCAUCAUCCUCUUACUGUUUUUCAGAUGAACGGUAUUAACUGUCCAACUUCUUUUUACUAUGUUUUAGUGCCUGGAAUAGUUUCAGUAUCCAGUAGCUGCUGCUACCUAUUGUCUUCUGAAACCAAGGAUCGCUUGCCAAGAGUCUGAUUGGAGUUGCAUUGUCAUGGCAGAACUGCAAGCUUGGAUGGCUCUUCAGAGCUUUGCUUCUGCAAUUUACUGUAGCUAUAUUAAGAUUAAAAUUGCACAGCUCGAGCACUGUCCCGAGUGACAGCGAUUCCUAAUCCUUUCACUGUCCUGACUAUUUUAAGAUGGAGAAGCACUUCAGGCAGUAUUCAGACUGUAACCUAUUCUGCCUCUGUUCCAGAAAGCAUUGAACAAUUCAAAAUAUUUGUCAGUGCUGCCAGACGUACUCUCUCUAUACAGUCAGGGGAGAAGAGUGAACAUCUUGUUUUAAACCCCGUUGCCUGUUUUUCUGAGUUGGUGUGAAUUGCUCACUGCUCUCCUGAACUUUGAUGCUUCGGUAAAAGUUUCCACGUCUGUCUUUGUCACUGUAAUGUGUGGUCUUAAUUACAGACCUCGAUGCCUCUGCACCAAAAUAGAGAUGUUAUCCAGGGCCGAGCGGCACAGCAGGGCUCUGAUGAAGACCUGUGCUGGGGUUGCAGGCACCGUUCUGCAGUUGGGGCUCCACCAGAGCUCCCCGCGAGUCCGAUGGAAAUCUGCCUGAGUGAAAACCGAAGGAUUGCUCCCAAAUUACUUCAGGUUGUGCAGGACGCUGCUGCAUUCCACACCCACAGUGUUCAGGCUUUAGGAUUUUAUUACAUUAGCAAGUCUGGCUCAGGACGGAGGUGAGGAUUGCAAAUGUGCUUGCCGAGAUCUCUGAAAAAUACUUUAUCACCAUCUGUGCCCAGCAGCAGCAUCCUUCUGAGGAAGAGCAGUCCAUUUCAUGUCAGUAACCCAGCUCAAGCUGUGGGAAUAUUUCUUAGGUAAGGGUUAUCACUAGGUCCACCCUUGUUUGGAUUUACCAGGGAUCCGAGCUGUCAAGAUAACCGCACUUUAUUGGAAGUUAGAGUUUGAGACCACAGGGAGAGCCCUAAGCAGCGCUGAUGCAAUUAGCAGUAGUGUAGAGCAGGCUCAAACCAGUUAAUAUUUCUCUUAUUAAUUAGUGAAAGUUCUAAGUCUCUCUAUCUUUUGAGUCAGUAACAACGGGGGUUUUUAUCUAAAUGAGGCAUUACCUUGCACAGCCGCAGAGUAGCCGAUGUUGGCCGCUGCUUGGCCUGUGACUUGCCAGCAGAGGAAGGUGCCCUGGGAAAUCACAAUAUUAGCUUUUCUUCGUGGCCUGUGAGUUCACAGCCCUGAAGAACAUUUUUUGCCAGCACUGCAGAGCUCCUUGACGCACAAGUACUUGUGCUGUUUUAUAUUGAAAAUGCCAGGACGGAUGGUCUGUAGUGACCGCUCUCUCUUAGUAUUUCUUCUUUUUAAGUAUGGGCUGCUCCUCAGGUUUCUGCUUGGCUCGGUAACAACUCAGCUCAGCUUCCAGUGCUGCUGGCUUUUCUCCUUACGAGCUGCGGAGCUGUGCUGGCUUUCAUGCUGCUAAUGGGGAAGCUCAGGGUUAGUAGACGUCGGUUUCACUUACGGCCCUGCUUACUGUCUCUCGUCACUGCUGUUACCCAUUAAUUUCCUUUCCAUUCCUUUGCCUUCCCGUGUAGCUGCCCGCUCCCCUGAGUUGGAGAUAUGGAGAAGACCUUCCGUGCUCCCCAGCUAAUUUUAGAGGGAUGAGUUGGCCAACCAUGUAAUUAAUACACAUAAAAAUAGUGAUUUUUAGAAAAUCCUGAAAGCUGGAAGAAAGUGCAAACCCGAAGGAUUUUGCACAUAUGUAAGCAGAUAGUCUGUUAUGAGCAGACCAUAAUUUGCCUGAAACUUAAAAUUUUAGCUCCCACACUUAGAGAGGCCAAGCUGACAGGCAGCAUGCGUGUUAGGUGUCCAGGUUCACAGCAUCACAGAGAUACUCCCAACGAUCUGACAGCUGAAAUGAACAGGAGUGCGAUGUCUUUAACCUUGGAGUGGGUUGGAAAACCCCAGGCUGUGUCAGUGUUUGCAGUGGCAACUUGGAGGAGCACCAGGCUGAUGGAUUGAGUUAAGAGGGUGGGGGGGUGGGGGGGUGUCCAGAGGGCAUUGAACACUGAAAUACUGCAUUGAGAUGAUCAAAUCCGUAUAAAAUUUGAAGUUUUGUGGUGACAGGGAUGUUAAUGCCUGGCUUGUUCUACAGUAAACUUAGCAAGUGACUGCGUAGCCUUACACGGCAAUAUAACCAAGCUGAAUUGAUUGAUAUGCAUAUAUUGGCUUUUACUAGAAAGGGAAGUGCUAUUUAGUUGUAAGGAUUGACUGAAAUAUGAAUGGGAAUUACACAGUUUGCACAGUGGAUAUAACUGUCCUGUAAUGCUAUGACAGCAAGCUUUUAAUUGUUCAUCUUCAUAUCGUCUAUAUACAAUUAUUAAUAAGAGUUUAUGACAAAGGCAUUUUUAUUUUUCAUUAGUUGGGGGGGGGGGGCAGUUCUUUUAGACUAAGUGUGGAUCAUUGUAAUGACUUGGCAAGACAACAACUGCUGCACUGGUAUGAAAGCAUAUAUGAAUAUUUGGUGUCGAUUUGGUGUUUGAUGUUGGUGCUGCCAUCCUCAGUGUUGUUAAUGCCCCAGGCCUGAGGAGCAGGGGCGUGUGUGCGGGGAGGCAGCGGGGCUUCUGGAUGCACAGUUGUGCAAGGGUAGAUGCUGACCCUGCCGAAAUGAACAAGAACAUUGUCAUCCGUGGGUCCCAGCAUCGGGGCUGGGAGGAGGAGGGGAGCACGGGUAGGGGGGGAAAGCUGCCUCGUGGCUGCUGCCUCCCUUCCGAGAGAGAGACAGACCCCAGGCUUGCUGCUUCACCUGCGAGAGAUCACCAGUAUCAGCACAGGCUUCCUUCAUUUCCCUGCAGCCAUUACAGCUGCGAGGUGGGUUGUAGGUGGCACAGGAAUAUCUGCCGUGCUUCCUCCAGGAGUGUCAUCUCAGACAGUGGAAAAGAGUUGCCGCAGAGCAGGCUGCAGCCCCAGUAAAGGCAGAAGAUGGUGUCAAUCUGCUUAUAAUUUUUGCACGUUGUGUUUCAAGACAGAUGAAACUAAUAAAUAGAGGAAGAAAUGUAACUCUGUCCAAAGUUUUGACAAGCAAAAGCAAAUAUUUGCACAGAUGUGCUGGCUGCUGCCUUUUACUUGGGAUUGCAGUGUGUUUGGAGCAAUUUGUGCCUGGGCCGGGGGGCAAAGCGGGAGCAGGGAAGCUCUGCAGCCAGGGUGCUCAGAAGGCGUGAUGUUGCGGGGCACCUGGGUUAUUUGCACAGGAGGGAUGUCUUCUGCAGCUCGAUUUUAGCAGAGUCUAAUUUUUAACUUCUUCAAGGAUGAGGUUCUGACCUAUGUUUUACAUUCGUGGCAUGAUUUGUGCCGCAGGAACAGCUAUGGCUGUGGCACGUGGCGUAGAGGCACUGGUUUUCCAAGGUGUGGCAGAGAAGGCAGGUGAGACUUGCUCUGCAAUAACAGCUUUUCCUUCCACGGUCUCCCUCCCCACUGUCUUCCCCCAUGUGAUUUCUCCACUUGAUGUAUCUGGACAGACUCGCUGCCCUCACUUUGUAUCACUACAUGAAGAAAAUACCGUGAGCAAAACCUUUUUGUCUUUAUGGAGAGCUGUUCUCUUUAGGCUCGGGCCACUUCUCCAAUCUUAGUCCAUCUGUUUGGAAAAGCCAAAAAAACCCCAAUCUCAUGUUUUCCCUUGCAGAGGGGAUGUGUGACGCCGGGACGGGGCGAGAGCCUGGGUGCUGUGCUUGCUCAGUCACAGAGCUGCUCGGGGGCUUGGGGAAGGGAUGCUCGUGCGUGGGGUGCCUCGCUCUCCCCACCUGCAGAAAGGGAGGGGGGAUGCCCCAUGUCCCUCCCCAGGCAGGGACACGCUGCGGUCGGGGCUGGGAAGUGCUUUGGGAUCCUGUGAGGGACGGGGGCUGGGGCAGAGCGUGGGAGGUGCCCCGUUCAUCAGGCUGUGUGUCCUCAGUCUUGAGGCUUCUGCGGGGAGCACAGACCCCGGCCUUCUCUGCCAGGCUGGCGUAAUCCAUAAGGCGUGGGCAGCAGGUACUUGUAUGGAGAGAAAACCCCUCUGGCAGGACAGGUUGCACUCAGAAACCAGCGGGAAACGAUGAUGUUUAGGGAAGGGGUGCUCAGAGGGCUUCUCUGCCCGGGGCAGUCAGGGGGGUCCAGUGCCCCCCGGGCUGUAUCUGCCUCUGGACGCCCUGGAUGCGCAAUCAAAGCCACAACACAAACAGAGUUGGGUCCCUCACCCCGGCCCCUGCCCACCCCGACCUUCCUGCUGCCCCCCAUCACCUGGGCUGAGUGAGCCCAGCAGAGCUGCAGGGUGUCCCCACGGGCGGCUGGCCACCAGCUGCUGCUCCCCCUCCCCCCGGGACAACGACGGGUUUUCCAGAUAUAUUUAUUUUCUCUGUCUGUGAUAACUGCUAGAUUAAAAUCUCUUUUUCCCUUACCAAGUUUAAUGCCUUCUGCUGUGCAUUUUAGAAACAAAUACUUGAUAAGGUGGAAAAAAACAGCUUUUAAUUAUGUCACACACCUAACGGGGUUUUUUGAACUGCGUGAACGUACGGAGAAGGAAGAGAGUUUUACAUGUUAGAGAGCAUCUUUGUAAACUAUCCUCAACCUGUAAUACUGUUCAAUUUUACUGGAGUUUGUAUGCAUUUUACUUUUGUAAUUUUUUAAAUGAUUUGAUAAAAUUUUAUUUUAGGGCAAAUUCUACUUUUUGUAUGCGAUAUUCCAAUGUGAUGUAUUUUUAUUUUUAAGAAAAUAAUGUUGAAACUACUAUAUAAUUGUCAACGUAACACAUCCACUGUGUCAUUUCUUUUUAAAACUGGAAUCUGACCAUGAAGUGCGUGUUACUGGUUGUUGCACAUUAAAGAGGUUACUCAGA